GUCCCCCUCAGCUACGCCGACGCUGUCUCUCUCAAAGCCUGUUCCUGUUGCAUCUGUGUUUCCUACAUCAACCUCAGUGAGGCCUCGUGCUCCCUCACCCAGCCAGCGCCUCUGUCACUCCUGCGACUCCGACUUAAGCUGGCCUUGUAAUCGUCCAACUGCUGUAUGGGAGGCAUCUGGAGCGUCAUGAUCGACUGAACCGCACCAUGGCAAACUCGACGUUGGUGGGCAAUUGCGUCGCCCCGUUUCUGGAUGCCGCGCGAUUCUCAAGUGAUGGAGGAUUCAUUGAAGGCCGAUUCUGCGCACGCAUCGACGACCUGCCGGGACAGCCCAACUGUUGCUUGCCCUGUCCCGCCACGAAAUACGCCUACUCCGACACCUUCCAUACCUAUAAUAACGUCUCCGAGUGGCUGAAUGUCCUGGGCCUCGCCCUGCUCACCUUCAUGCUCCUAUCGUACGUGCUUCUGCCGGCACAGCACACGCGAAGCCAUUACCUGAGUGUUUGCCUCGUGCUAUCCGUCAUCAUGAUCACCCUUGGAUUCACAAUUCCCUUAGGAGCCAGACCAGAGCAAUGUUACGACGAAAUUACGCCUAACGAUAUGUACACAUCUAACGCAUGCGCCGCGGGAGGAGCUUUCAUUAUCGCUGGAGGAUUGACCGCAAUGAUGUGGAUCUUUAUCCGUGCGCUCUCCAUGAAUUUACAAAUAUGCUGGGAUAUUGUGCCCGGCCGAAAAUUCUUCUACAUCUCGCAGCUGGCCGGUUGGGGUGUGCCAGCAAUCCUAUUUACUGUGACCAUCACCAUUACGGGAGUCAGCUUUAGAUUUGGCAAUGCCUGCCACGUCAAUCACGACCACUCCAUGGGCGAUUUCUGGGGCCCACUGCUUGCCAUGGCUGGAAUGGCAGCCAUCCUGCAACUGGCAACAUUCAGCUACUGCAUUCAUGUCUAUCUGAAGAAUCUCUGGACCGAUCGAUCGGAUCUCUCAACGAAUGCCUCAUCAGGAGCUCUGCCGUCAUACCAAGGAAGUGUCCGCACCAUGACCGCUCGAGCGGUCUACCGAAGAUUGAAGAAAGUUUUAUGGCUGCAGUGGCGAGGAAUCUGCAUCGUCAGCAUUGUUCUGGUCGAUGUCAUUUUCUUCUCCAUUGUCUUCGUUUCCUUGGACGGCAUGCAGUCAUCAAUCACCCAAGACUGGGAGAAGGUGAAGCCAUGGCUAUUUUGCUUGGCACAACAUCCCAACGACAAGAACAAGUGUUUGCCACUGGUGCAAGGAUGGCUGGUGAACGAGCCCACGCUGGUCGCAGUGCUCCUCCUCCUCGCCCUCAUGGGACUCCAACCGCCCGCCGCGACUCCGAAGAACGUCGCUAUCGAGCCCCAAAUUCAAGUUUCGCCCAACCUUACGCUCCGAGUCGAGCGAACAGUGCGAAAUCGGUGAGUUUUGAUCCCCGAGAGGCGUAUUCGAGGGGUGGCUUGGCUUUGAAUCCUCCGAGUGAGGCGGGGGAGAGUAGGGAGGAUGUUUCGAGCUAUGGAGGACAGGGACAUGGUGGGUAUGGGGAUGAUUGUAGGGGGAAUAGGUUAUGAUGAUAUUGGGAUAGGAGGAUGGAUGGAUGGAUGGAUGGAUGGACGUGAAUUCGAGAUGAAGUUAAAAAAGCAGCUGUAGCAAGCGAGCGACCGAGGCAGGCAGGCAUGAUUGUACAUACAUAUUCCCGUUUGGAAAAAAAAAAAUCUCCCGGACAUAUAUGUACUGUUGUAGUUCAAAAAGUGCGAAACAGAUCUCGGACGAGAGGAGCAAUCCCGAGUUAAAGAGGAGAUGGAGAUAGGAUGGUGGAAAUUAAAGUCAGGCGAGUACAGUCAGUACUUCGUAAAG